AGCGUGUGACGUCGCGGACGGGCUGGGUCUGCUAAUUGUGAUACAGAAAUAUUUCUGUCAGGCAUUCGGAGCAGCAACAGACGCAGUCGACGCCAGCUUCGCGGCAAAUACUGGCCUCUUUUCCGAACCCUCUCCGACCGUCUGAGAGGAGAAGAAGACGAGGAAGAAGAAGAAGAAGAAGAAGCAGAGGUUGUGUUUAGAGUGUGUUCCUUAGCAGUGAGACAGCCCGGUGGGCUACAGCCAGGAUGUCCUCUAUGAGAACAGACAGCAGCUGGUCCCAGCCCCGGGAUACCAGCAGCCUUAUCCAGGCAUGCACUUUCAACAUCCAGAAGAUCAGCCAAAACUCUGGUCAGAUCAAAAAUCUCCUCUACCAACUCGGGACAAGACAAGAAACCUCAGAGCUCCAGGAGAGGCUCCAACAGCUCCAGCACUACACCAACCAGCUGGCUAAAGAAACCAACAGACACCUGAAGGAGCUGGGUUUACUACCCCCACCACUGUCUCCAUCAGAACAGAGGCAGCACAAGCUGCAGAGAGAACGUUUGAUGAACGACUUCUCUGCAGCCCUUAACAACUUCCAGGUGGUGCAGCGGAGGGCAGCUGAGAAAGAGAAGGAGUCGGUGGCCAGAGCUCGAGCUGGAUCCAGAGUCCUGGGAGACGGAGGAAAUGUGAAUGAACAGUUGGUUACAUUUGAAAAGGAUGAUGAAUGGGGUCAGAGCCAGACUCAGACUGAAGAGCCCACCAUCACAGAGGAGGACCUGGAGAGCAUCAAGGAGAGAGAGACCAACAUCAGACAGCUGGAGGCCGACAUUAUGGAUGUGAACCAGAUCUUUAAGGACCUGGCUGUGAUGAUCCAUGACCAGGGAGAUAUGAUUGACAGCAUUGAGGCCAACGUGGAGAGCGCUGAGGUUCAUGUAGACAGAGGGGCAGUCCAGUUGCAGAAGGCAGUUUACUACCAGAGGAAAUCCCGUAAGAGGAUGUGCAUGCUGGCCAUGGUGAUGUCGCUUGUGCUCAUCAUCCUCAUCAUCAUCAUCUGGCAGGCCAUCAAAUGAGAGGAGAAGCACAGCCCAAUGAUACCUUCAAAUGACUUCCAGUGUGUGUGUGUGUGUGUGUGUGUGUCUGUGCAGCAUGUAUUUAUGUGGGAUAAAUGAGUGGGAAUAAGAUUUUUUUUCUUAUGUUUUUUGUCUUUGAAGACAACAUGUUAGGAACCAAUCUGCCAAUAUGCCAAUAAUAUGAAAUUCAAGAUUUUUUAUAUUUUGUUUGCUUAAGUCAAAGACUGACACAUAUUCAGUGCUUCCUUCCCUAGGACAUUAAAACUUAACUGAGACCCUGUACCACUUCUACCCCACCUACUACUGCUACCACUUCUGCCACUAACAGCAAAGAUCGUAAUCAGAUGGGGAUUAUGCAGACCAGAGGAGAUAAUGGUAGUAUCGGAGAUAUGUAUACUGUAUAUAAAUAACUACAUUUAAGAUGUAGCCUCAAAAUAAAGACAGUUAGUUAUGUUAGAUGAUGCCUAUUCAUGACUAAUUAUUAGUCUCAAGGAAUGCUUUAGCUUUUCUGUGUGUGUGUGUGUGUGUGUCUAUGUCAUAGGCUGCUUUUGGGGACAAAUUUACAACUAGACCAGUUAAUUGGGGGACAGCUUGUCCAAUUGGGGACAAAAGCCUUGUUCCUGAUUGGGAAAAAGAUGAUUUUUGGGUCAGUGGUUAUGGUUAGAGUUAGGGUAAGUGUCCAGGAAAUGAAUGUAAGUCUAUGUAUUGUCCACAAAAGUGAGUGUGUGUGUGUGUGUGUGUGUGUGUGUGUGUG